AUGGGGUGCAUGGCAAGUUCACAGAAAAUCAGCGUCGCCACUUAUUCUGAACCAAUGAAGUUGAGUAAGAAAUCGUCCUUAAAGUUGAAUAAGAACGAGACCGUGCUGGCGGCGCUGACGCGGAUUGAUGAUGAGAUAGCAAGGAGUGAGAAGAAUCAGCCAGCAGCCAGGCUCGCGGUGGUAGCAGCUGAGCUGGAGAGCAUACAGCUGGAAAUCAAGUCUUUCGAAGAGUGCACAGCAACAGUUACUAAAGACACUUAUGCUAAGACUAUGCACCAGUUGUUUGUCAGUUUAGACCUCUACAGACGUCCGAUGUUGGCAUCAGAAAAUGAGGACUUCGUUGCUAACGUCAAUAGAAAGGAGAUGCGUCGCCUAGAACUGAGUUGGUUGCGCACUCGGUAUGCAGAGUUGGUGCGUGAGCGCCGAGUGUUGCACGCACAGAUCCUGCGCACGAGAUCACUGUACGCACAGUUACAGCACUUACUGGACUCAAUUUGGGGCAGUAAUACUCGUCCAGGCAGUUCACAAGAGAAUGCACUGACGAAAGCAAUAGGGUUGCGAGAUGCAUUAGCUGCAGUGUCAGCGAGACUGCGCGCGGCCGCGGAGUAUGCGCACGCGGCGGUCAGACUGUUGGACGACGCUAUGCCAGCAUGGAAGCUUACUACCGUCGGCAAUCGUAGGAGUGGCUGGGAGAGGUCGACAGCAGUGGCGGAUGCGUGCGCGCAGCUGGUGGCGGCGCGGUGCGCGGAGCGAGGCGCGCGCCGUGUGCUGGCCGCGCCCGCCGCGCCGCGCGCCGCACGCGCACUGCGACUCGCGCUUGACUACGCAUUCACUGAUGCUGUACAUGACCACAAAUACCAGAGAGCCACUGAAACAUUUUUCCAGUUCAAAGAAGCACUCGUGCUGUUAAUUGACUCAAUACAUCAGGUUCUACUGAACAAUUUGGAGAACUUGACAGCAGCGGAGAAGGACGUGGCUAAAUGCAGGAAAGACCUCCGAGCGACCAGGGUCAAUGACAUCGUGCACAGAGGCCUGGCAGAACUCAAGUAUGAACCGAAAGCUUUAACUAGUUUGAAUGUAGCUAUGAAAUGA